CAACGCAAAGGAAGAAAAAGGAGAGAGUAAUUGAAGAAGGGAAUGGGUUCAAAUAGACCCGAGGUACGAGGUUCACAGAGAUUACAAGCUUUGGUUGAUCAUUUUCGCUCUUCGAAUUCGAUACCCAACAAUUCCAAUUCCACGCACAACCAAAUCCAAUUCAGUUCAAAGAGAGCUGCAGUUCUGAUCUGUGUCUUCGAAGGCGCCGAUGGGAAUCUGCGAGUGAUUCUCACCCAGCGAGCUUCUUCUCUCUCAACCCACUCCGGUGAGGUUGCUUUGCCUGGUGGUAAGAGGGAUGAAGGCGAUGCUGACGAUAUAGAAACGGCGUUGAGGGAGGCUAAGGAGGAGAUUGGUUUGGACCCUUCUCUUGUUUCUGUUAUUACUCUUCUUGAACCCUUCCGCACUAAGUACAGCGUUACAGUAAUACCCGUGGUUGGAAUCCUGUCCAACAAGGAUGCAUUUUCACCAGUUUUAAAUUCAGCUGAAGUUGAAGCAAUAUUUGAUGUUCCAUUGGAGAUGUUCCUCAAGAAUGAUAAUAGGAGAACUGAGGAAAAAGAAUGGAUGGGAGAAAAGCAUCUUGUACAUUAUUUUGAUUAUGAGUUUGAGAAUAAGAUGUAUGUGAUAUGGGCUUUAACUGCUGCAAUCUUAAUUAGGGCAGCUACCCUUUUACUUCAGCGGCCGCCAGCGUUUCUAGAGAGGAGGCCUAAGAUAUGGGGAGGAAUUACUGAAAGUGACAUGAUAAUACUACGGAAUAGUUCCAAAUAGUC